UAAAUUGUGCAUUAUGGUAUCAUGGUUUAAUUUAAUUAAUUGUGAAAUGCCCGCAAUCAAGUCGUAAGCGGUAUUCCAAAAAACAACAAGCAUCAUGGCGGACGACGACGAAGAAGAUUAUAUGUCAGAUGCAUUUCUUUUAGGUCUCGAAGAUAACAGGCCCGGCCUUUCAUUUGGAGUUGCUGCAAGGCAAUACAAGAGGGAAGCCAAGAGAAAACAAAAAGAAGCAGAAAAUAGAAUAAAACCUUUAAAACAACGGGAAAAAGAGCGUAGAGAAGAAGCACUGUCUAAUGCUAUUGGUAGAUCAAACAUAGGUUUUGCUCUGCUUCAGAAAAUGGGUUUCCAGGAAGGAAAAGGACUCGGAAAACAGGGGGAAGGUAGAACAGAACCCAUACCACUGUCUAUCAAGGAAGGUAGAGGAGGUUUGGGUCGGGAAAUGGAAUUGAAAAGAAAAAAGAAAUGUUUUGAGGUUGCACAAGAGAAACGUCAAAAACUGGAAGAAAAGCAACGCGCGCUGUUCCGUGAGACACAAAAAGAGAAAUUUUCAAAUAAGCAAGUGGAGAAGGAUCUUUUUAAAAGCCAAAAGGCUUGUGAGCAAUUAGAUAAGGCAAAGAAACUUGAGUGCAAAGAAAUUUGGUUUUGGCCACAAAUACCCCAAGAAACUGAUGACGAUGAGCAAGAGGAAUGUGAAGAGGCAAAUGUAGAGGAAAUAGAAAAUUCCGAGAAAUUGGCAAUUCUUACAGAUUAUUUGAGAAGUACUCACUUCUAUUGCAUAUGGUGUGGUACAUCAUACACAGACAAUGAAGAUUUGUUAACCAACUGUCCUGGAAACACUGCCAGUUCUCAUGAUGACUAUUGAAUGAUUAGUCCAAGAUAAAUGCAAGAGCUCUACUCCAAGUCGAUCCCUUUUGCGCAUCAUCGACGUGAAUACAUAAGUUAUACAGGGUAAGUAUUUUACAAUCCAAAGAAAUUGGAUGGAAAAACCUUAAAAAAAUCCGGAGCACGGCUUUGGUAUGUUUUAUGCAAAGACAAAGUGCCAUGCGCGCGAUUUUGGUGAAUAUGCGAACCUAAAACCAACUGCAGCUGAGUAUCCAAAAGAAAAAGCCCACACAAGACAUAAAAAUGACAGUGAAGUUCCAGAAGAUCAGUCUGUGCUUUCACCUUUAGCCAUUUUGAAAGCUUUUUGUAGCUGCAGCAGUUUUUCCAACGUUGGUGGUAGUUUUGCAUCUUUAGCAGAGUCCUUCACCAAGAUGAUGUAUCGCACAGCAUUUGACCCGCAAUGUGGGCAGGAACCAUCUUUUGAAAUUGGAUAACUGGUUGCAGCUAAAGUAGAUGAUGUUGCUGAAGUGAUUUUGAUGGUACUUGAGGACGUUGUCACGAUGCUGACCAAAGAUUUUGUAUCAGUUUUCGAAAGCUGUUCCUUAAUGGUUUGCUUUGUUUCUUUCCCCUCUGCAAACUUGGUUUCAUUUUUUGGCUUUUCUUCCAUGUCUUUAAGAGAUCCUGACUUUGUAACUCCUAUUAUAAAAAUUUGCUCGCACUCAGUCAGAUGUACUUUCCAUGCCAUUAUUGGGAAAGCCAUGUGCAAUUGAUAAUAUUUUGGAAGAUAGUAUUAUUAUUAAGAAUAAAAAUAGCUUUAUUACCUUCCUUGGAAA